AUGGAAGACCUCGGCGAGCCCGAAUCGGCCAGUCAGAGUUGCCCCAGAAUGAGGGCGCACACGACAAGCUUCGGCUCUCUUGGUGGUUAUCCACACUCGCAUUCGGAGCCCGCGCUGGAGGAGGAGCUGAUCCGCUGUACACCUACCAACCGACGACCCACGCUGGAGAAGGAAACAGCCGCAGAAAUGUCGGGCAAACUUCACAAUACCACCGCCCCGAAGACCGUCGUCAUCGAAGAUCAUAGCAGUGAUAGCGAGAUCGACGAGGAGACGCCCAAGGAAAUCACCCUCCAACCAAAACGCCUCCGAUGCGCCGUCUCAUUCCGGGCCGACGACACCGACAAGUGGGGAGGGCAGGCGCUUGACGCUCGCGAGAACUACAUCCUCAGCCUUAGGAACCCGACCGUCAAGGCCGAACUGCUCGAGCGGCUCGACACCUUCCGCCGCAACCGCGAGCUCUGCGACGUCGUGCUCUUCGUUCGCGAGCGCGAGAUCUUUGCGCACAAGGUCGUGCUCGCCGCCGUCUCACCAGCUCUAUCCGAUCUCUUCCUAAAGGACAACCAGGAUCGCGUGCGGGCCAACUCGAACGGCUCGAGCUCGCCGACAAACCCCGCGGCACCGGACUGCAGUGAGAAGGCCUACUUCGAAUUUGCCCAAACGGACUAUGACUGCUUUUCGGCUCUUGUCAACUACGCGUACACUUCAUACCUCGAGAUCAACAACAAGAAGGUCGCCGAGCUGUACAAGACCGCCUACGCCCUCCAGAUGCACCAAGUAGCCAAGGCUUGCGCCAAGUACCUCGCCGACAACCUCUCCGUCCACAAUUGUCUCGGUAUCCGCCUUCGCGCCAACUUCAACAAGGACAUGUACCUCAUGGACCAGGUCGACAAGUACAUCAGCGAAAACUUCUCCGCCAUCGCCGAGAGCAGCGAGGAGUUCAGCUCGCUGGCCGUCAUCAAGUCGCGCAUCAUCAUCUCUGGAGAGGAGCUGAAGCGAGACAACAUUGGACAGAGCCUGGCCGAACGGACGCUGCACUACUUUGAACACUACAAGGCCGCUCAGAAAUCGGCGGACUCGUUUGACUAUAUCACCGGCAAGACGCAUCUGCUGUACCUGGAGGAGGGGAACUUGGCGGAUUGUGCCGAGAUGGACGACAGAAGCUCGGUUGGCAGCUGCGACCUGAUCAAGGACUACAAAAAGAGCGGAAAGAGACACGAGUUUCCGCAUAAUGGCCACAUCGACCCACCCUUCGUCGGCACUUCCCAUUCUCGUACCACCGGUGCGACAGCCGUCCGCCUCGAUGCCAAGAAGGUCGUCGGUGACCAGUACGGCUCCACCGAAAGCCUGGACUCCGUCGCCAGCGAGGAGAGCGAGCCGGAGAACACCAUCAGCGCGCGUCUGCUAGCUGUUCAUCAGACUUCUCCCGACUACUGGAUGGCCCUCGUCGUGCUCUACUACCGACUGAUGGUCAUCUCCAUCCAGGUGUCGGACGACGUGGAGAUUUCCGCCGGAAAGAAAGAAAGAUCCGGAAGUGUUGAUGCUCAGAAGCAGCAGCUGCUGAACAAGCUGGUGUCGUCGGUUGGGGCGCAGAGGAAGCCACUUCCAACGAUGAACGCCGGUAGAUGCUCAACUGGAGCUGUGUUUUUGGAGGGGAAGAUCAUCGUUUGUGGAGGCUAUGAUCGGGGUGAGUGCCUGAACAGCGUCGAGGAGUAUGACGUUGUCAACGGUACUUGGCGGCAUUUGAAGCCGAUGCAGAACGAGCGUGGGCGCUUCGACACCGCCGUCGUGAACGGCAAGGUGUACGCCAUCGCCGGAUCGAACGGUCACAAGGAGUUGAAGUCGGCCGAGUGCUACGACCCGAAGACGGGAAAGUGGUCGAAUAUCGCUAGCCUGGCUCGGCCGCGUAGUCACAAUGGAUGCGCUGUCGUGAAUGAUGUCAUCUACUGUAUUGGGGGUUGUAAUGCCGAGCAGGUGUGCAUGAAGGACUGCGAACGCUACGACCCAGCUGUGAACGAGUGGGCCCCGAUGGCCCCGCUGAGCGUCGGCCGUUACCAAGCUGCCGCCGUCGCCUGGAAGGGCAUGGUCCUCGCCAUCGGAGGUUGCGACCGCUGGAGUGCCUGCUUGGACACGGUCGAGGCGUACGACCCCAAAAGCGACACGUGGCGCGAGAUGCCCAAGCUGAGGACGCCGCGUCGCGGUUGUGCCGUGGCUGUUGUACGAGAUGUCCUGUAUCUCAUCGGAGGCCAUGAUGGCACGAACUCGCUGACGACCGUCGACAUUCUGGAUCACCCGAGUGGCACCUGGAGGGCAGGUCCUGCUCUGACGAACCCCAGGGCCAAUACCCAUGCCGUCGUCACUGCGGGUAACGUCAUCUACGUCAUCGGAGGGUUCAACAAGAACUCCUUCCUCGACAGCAUUGAGUUGCUGGAGAGUGAAAGCGUCGGCUGGCGCAACUACCAACAAUCCACCGUCAGCUUCACGCUUGCCGAGGGAGACGAGGAGUCCGAGACUGCAGAGGACGUUCAAAAUGGUGUCCAAAAUUUGAAUCUGACCCCGGUUAAGGCCAAC